AUGGAUGUGGUCCCUGGGAACUUUUCGCCGCUGGGGCGGCAGACGGAGCGCACCCUGCAGCGCCUGCGAACGCAGGUGGAGGCGGAGCAGCUGGACUGGUCGCCCAAGACCCAGGCGCCUGAGAGCCCAAAGGAUGAAGCUCAGGACGAAAAGCUAACCCAGGCGACCUUGGACCGCUUUCGUUUGCCGAAGAAAUCUGCCACCGUGGCCACCACCACCUUUAGCACCACGAGUUCCACCGGGCUCGGUUUGACGGCCACGUCGCAACUGGACUCCACCAGCACCUCGCUGGAGCCAACCUUCGACGAGGCAACGGGUGCGGCAACAGUUGUGGCGUCGCCGGCCUUUAGUGCCUCGGGCGAAGGGCAACUCUGCGAGGUGACGAGGGCCAAAUAUGGGCGCUUCAUGCAUCCCAGCCGUGACCCGAGGCCUGAAGCAGGUCACUAUCGCGUGAACGAUUCGUGUUCCUUUCAGCGCCAGCCCCAAUGGGACAUUGGUCAGCGGAGCCGUCAUCGGCGGGCCAGGGAGGAGAAACCAGCAGGUGCCGAGCUGGGCGACAUGUACAACGGCUUCGCCGACGGCCUGGCGCGGCAGGGGAAGUUUGAGCCGAUGGCCCUGGCGCCGCCAAGGCCAGACGUGACCACGUUGUGCCCGCAGUCCAUGACCUUUGCUCCGGCGCAUCAGAAAGAAUGGGCCAAAUUGGAUGGGAGCUCCUCGCGAUCUCAGCGCUAUCCGGACUGGGAUUUCAAGAAGCACAUGUCGGGGCAUCACUUCGACUUGCACAUGAGCUUUCCGUACUUUGAGCCUGGCAAGUAUGAUGUCGAGAUGAAGGACACGGCCACAGGUUUGCCAUUUUCCAAGGUGCCAGGGCGGAACAGGGCGGAGCUAACAGAUGUCAUGUCUCGAGCCCAGUCAGCAGGGGAAAUGAAAAGCGGUGGCAUGGGCCCAAAGAACAGGCUUUUGCCCGAUCGAUCGUGCUUCCGUGGUUGCGCUGCAGCGGUGCCGCGCAAGACGUGUCUACAAGACUUUGCACAGGACCUGGACCGUCCGCCUUUGCUGGUGAUUGAUGCCCCACCCUAUGAUGAGGUCUUGGACUGGCAGAUGUCCUUUGACGCAAGCACUGCUGAUAAGCUCAUCGUCUCCAGAUGUGCAACUCCAUCCAUGAAGGCCAGUCUUGCUCGCCACCAAGCCUUGCGUGGCGCGAGGAUCUUAGGUUGCGAUCCGGGCUUGCAACGCUCGCUGGGGAUUGAUGAAGAGGAAGAAGAGGAAGAGGCCGAUCCUUCGAUACCUUUCUCCUACUAUGACCAGUUUGACUCAUCCGACGGCACUCCGCCGGAACCAUGGAUGAAAUAUGCAGACCUCCUUCAGGACAAUCCACCAAGGGAAGGUGCAUGUGGAAAGGCAAAAGGUAUCCUGAACUUAGACUCCAAGACGGGCACAGAGCUCCACGAUGAGUGGCGAUGGCAACGCUCCGACAUGGGCCUGGCCUUCGGUCAGAUGUCUGGCAGGAACCACAGAUCAGCCAUGCUCAGCUGUUGUGUCGUUUUCCCGCGCUGGCGGAGUGUAGACAACACCGGUGUGUCUUUGCGGCUUGUUGAAGCUGUGGGAAG